GUUUCUUUGAUGGUUCGGGAGUCGGACAAGUCGACUUCCAAAUCAAAGCAGUUUUGAGCACAUGCCUAGCACGUCAAGCAACUGGCAGACAUCUAAGCAUAGUACUUCGCCCAGUUGGACAGUGCAAUGCGAAGCUUGCCACAACUGACUCCAUGCGAAUACGAAGUUCAUGCCUUUGGCUACUGCUCGCAAUGUCUGUGCUGUACCCCAACAUGAACUCCAUUGGCUACCGACUCGUUAAGCCUCUGGCGUGGCCGCCAAAUCUCUAUUCCGACUUUGCGGCUAUCGACGGCGCAGUGAAAAGCCAAAUCCCCGCUUUUAGCCCGGCAACAGACGCCACUGACACCAGUGAAUGUGGAGAUGGAAGUGACGCUGGAGAUGGGGCUGGAGGAGCCACGCAAAAACAGCCCGACGAGAUCCCUCAGGGUUGUGAUGUCAAGAAAAUAUUCGAGCCCGGAGAUCCCAAGCAAAAGAGUUCGAGCAUAGCAGUGAAGGCAGCUCAGGAUGCGAAGGCUGCCAACGAGGCGCAACAGGCUGCCGGCCAAAUGGCUGCCCAGCACAUCAAGCAGCAGCUGGCCGAGAAGGCCUUCCAAUCAGCCAAGGCAGCCGAGGCGGCGCUCGCCGGCAAGCAAAUAGUUGUGCAGCAGCUGGAGCAGGAAAUGCAGGAGGCCCAUGCCGUUGUUGAAGAGGAGUCCGCCUCGCUGCAGAGCACUGAAGCCAAUAUGAAUGCCGCCCUGGAGGCAGCUCGAGUUGCCACACAUCAAUUUGAGGCACUCACAGCGCUGCACAAGACGGUCAAAGACAAUUUGGCCAAUAUACAGACAGUGGCGCUCGGCUCCCAGCAGGAGAUGACCAGCAAGGUGCAGCUGCUCGAGGCAGCCAAAAAUCGUUCGGCCUCGAUCGAAAAGCAACUCGAAGCCGCUCGCGAAGACUACGAAAGGACCAAGCAGGCGGCCUAUCGGGCAGCCUGUGCCGCCGUCGAGGCCAAGCAAAAGGCCUCAAACAGCUAUCGAAAGAGGCGAAAUCAAUGCCCACGCAAUACCCACUAGCCAUACACAGUCCCAAAUGCUUUUUUGUAUAUUUGUAUAUAUGUAUUUCAUAGCAAGAAAU